AUGCGCUUCAGGCCAGAUGUUGACGGACCUAAUCAGCACAGAGUUCAUUGCGUAUGUCUAUGUUUAUUGCAGCAAUGGCAUGUAUACCAAUGGUCUCCGACAUCGUUGCUUUACAGAGUCACUGGACCCACUGGCGUCGGGAGGACAUCAUUCAUCAACCUAGUCUGCGGAUCAGCACUUGCCGUCAGCUCAGGCCUUGAGUCUUGCACAACCAAGAUCCAGACAGCCACCUGCAGGUUGAAUGGGAUGGACGUCGUGAUGAUCGACACUCCAGGCUUUGAUGACACGACACGAUCGCAAGCGGAUGUCUUGAAUGAGAUUGCUGCUUACCUGAAGGCCACAUACCAGGACAACAAGCGCCUUUCCGGACUGAUUUAUAUGCAUCGCAUCUCUGACCGUCGAGUAGGCGGUAUCGGCAGGGAGAGCUUUCGACUGUUCUCGAAGAUCUGUGGGGAUAAUCCGAUGAGAGUAGUCUCCAUCGUUACGACGAUGUGGGAAGCGGUCACAGGCGAGAUGGGAGCACGAAGGGAGCAGGAGCUCGCUAGCAACUCCGUCUUUUUUAAGGAUGCCAUCGACAAAGGCGCACGGAUGGUUCGGCACUACAACAAUCAAGAAUCUGCACGGCAAGUGGUAAUGCAACUCCUAGGAAACAAUCCUACGGCGCUGAGAAUGCAGGUUGAGCUGGUCGAGGAUAGACUAGAUGUCAAAAGCACAGCAGCAGGCAAAGAGCUACGCAGCCAGCUGGAGAGGCAGAUCGCGCGUCUCACUGAGAAAGUGCAGACCCUGCAAUCCGGGCCCAAUGGGAUGGAUGAAGAGCACCGACGUACGAUGUUAGCGCUAGAGAACCUGCAAAACGAUGUGAGCCGACUGGAGCAGAGAACGACUUUCGGUCGACGACGGAUUCGAUGCCCAAUGUAA